AUGAGGGUUGGUGACGGAGACGGAGACGGCGGCAGCGCGCACUUCGUGUUCGCCUACUACGUCACCGGCCACGGCUCCAGGCACGCCACCCGCGCCCUAGAGGUGGUGAGGCACAUGCUCGCCGCGGGGCACGACGUGCACGUGGUCACCGCCGCGCCGGAGUUCACCACCGAGAUCGCCUCUUCCAGGCUCCACAUCCGCAAGGUCGAGCAGGUCGUGCUCGACUGCGUCGCCGUGGAGCCCGACGCCCUCACCGUCGACCGCUCCGCCUCGCUGGAGGAGUUUUUUUUUUUUCGUUCCCUUGGUAAGGACCUACGCAUCACAAUAACUUCACCCCGUGCAAGGCUUGGGCAGUCCCAUGUAAGGAUAAAACAAUAUGACUUGGGGCUUUUGGUGGGUUUCAACUCUAGUCUACCCCAACUUGCUUGGGACUGAAAGGCUAUGUUGUUGUCGUCGUCAGGUAAGGAUAAAACAAUGGCUUCUGCAGAAGUUCGUCUCACUUCAAUGGCUGUGUUUUGGGACAUUGAGAACUGCAAGGUUCCCAAGGAUUCACAAGUAGAAGAUAUAUCUAAGAAUAUUAGAAAGGCUCUGAGUAUGAAUCCUGCUGUAGAUUCAGCAACAAUUCAGGCGUAUGGGGCUGUCCCUGCUUCAAUCAGGAAGGGACUCCAAAGAACUGGAGUCAGACAUGUUGAUAUCCUCAAUAUAAGAAAAGAUGCAGCUGAUAAGCUUAUCCUGAUCAAGUUAUCAGACUACAAUGCUCCUAAGCUAGAUGAUCUUUUCGUGAUGCUGGGCGACCCUUUCUCUGUCUUUGAGAGAAAAAUGGUUUUACUGGAUAUGCAAUCUGACCAAGCCAGCACAAAUGUCACAGCAGUUGGUUCUUCUGAAGUGCCGGCUUCGGUAGCCGAGGAUUUAUUUGUCAACACGGAGAAAGAUCCUUAUGUCCCUGUUGAGGAUAAAGAUGUUGAAGCUGUGAUCGUUGGAGCCGGCAGCCAGGAAAAUGAGCCAAAUGAGCGGCGCAUCAACAAGACUGUCUUCAUCGGCAAGAACCUCAACCAAGAACUGGAGAAGGGCUUCAAGGAUUGA